UAACACUUUUGGACUUUCGUUCUAAGAACAAUUGAGUUGUACUCAAAUUUUGUUCAACAAAACCUUGCAAUUUACUUGUUGCUAUAUAUUUCGAUUGGCCUGAGCGAUUUUCGAGUAGUUGCAGAGCGUUAGCUGUUUUCUGACCUCCAGUCAAGCCGCCAUGUUUCCCAACAAUUUUUACACAAUGAAGAACUUCGCCAAUCCGAAAACGAUUUUCAAAAGCUGCGCAAACAACGAAGACUAUACCACUCAAAGUCUCCAAAAAGUGGCGGCUCCAACUGACGGUAACCAAACUGUUGCUGCAGCUCCUCAAUCCGCUGCUGUUCCACAAUCUACUGCACUUACCCAACCAGCGAAGACUCAAGAACCGGCGAAGAACGCUCCCAAGAAGACCACGCCUUCUGAGCCCACAAGGCAGGGCAAGAAGAACAAGAAGGGCAAGAAGAAUCAAAAGAAUGUGCCUCGUACUCCCAGUCAGACGAGCAAGAGCAGUGGAAGCCACAAGGAGUCGGGCAAGAACCAGGCCAAGGAUGGAAAGUCCCCGGGAAAGGAGGCCAAGGAGAAGGUGAAUGACCAGGGGAAGGAAAAGGAGAAGAUAAAGGAGAAGGAAAAGGAGAAGAUAAAGGAAAAAAUAAGGGAAAAGGAGAAGUCAAAGCAGAAAGAAAAGGAAAAGGAGAAGGCAAAGCAGAAGGAAAAGGAGAAGGAAAAGCAGAAGGAAAAGGAAAAGGAGAAGGUCCAGCAGAAAGAAAAGAAACCGGAGCAAAGGAAAGUUCAGGAGCAGUCGAUAAGAAGCCCGCGAGAUAAGAAGAAUGUGUUCGAGAAGAAGCUGCUGGAGGAGAAGUUAAUCGAAAAGAAAGAGCAGGAGCAGAUAGUUUCGGAGCAAAAAUUGUUAGAGCAAAAGAUUGAAAGGCAGUUAUCAGAGCAGAAGCUAUUGGGCACGAGGCUGGAGCCCAGGAUUUAUCAGGUCAAAGAUGAUGAUGCAGUGAUCCCAUUUGCCGACUCACCAGAAUAUUUGUCACUGAGCGAUGUGAGCGAUGUCAGCGAUGUGAGCGAUGAUGAUCUGACCACCGGACCGGAGGACGACGAGCCUCUGGAGCCCGAGGAUCCUCAUCAUCCACUGAACAGCCAGUGGACGCUGUGGUAUCUGGAAAACGAUCGAACCAAAAGCUGGGAGGAUAUGCUGCACGAGGUAACAAGCUUCGAUACCGUGGAGAACUUUUGGAGCCUGGUAUCUCACAUCAAGCCCCCAUCGGAUCUGAAGGUGGGCAGUGACUACUGUCUGUUUAAGAAGGGCAUUCGGCCCAUGUGGGAGGAUGAGGCCAACAUCCAUGGGGGACGCUGGGUCAUCAGCCUGAACAAGAACACCAAGCUGGAUCUGGACAACUUCUGGAUGGACUCCAUGCUCUGCCUGAUCGGAGAGACCUGCGAGCACUCGAACGAACUCUGCGGCGCCGUUGUCAAUAUUCGCGGAAAGACGAACAAGAUCUCCAUUUGGACGGCUGACGGGGCUAACGAGGCUGGCGUCCUUGAGAUUGGGCGCGUUCUGCGCGAGGGUCUUCGCAUGGACAGUGUGUAUGUGCUGAAGUAUCAGUUGCACAAGGAUACCAAGGUCAAACAGGGAUCAACUGUGAAGUCAAUAUACACUCUGUAGAUUCUCAGCAGCCAGUUGGGAAUCAUCGCAUUUUAGUUACUAUAUUUUCGGUAUUUUUUCACAAUUUUCAAUCAGGUGAUCAAUAGUUCGAGCCUUUACCAUCCAUUACCAUCCAUCGUUCGGAAAUUAGUUGGAUGCCAAAUCCCCAGUCAAGUCUUCCUUGUACAUGUGUACAUGUAAAUUUAAAUGUUGCUCUUGAAAAACGAAGAAAUAUUAUUUGGUCACGAAUUACUA